AUGCCCAAAAAUCCACCCUUUUACAUCUACCUCCGCUCCCUAACCACCAGCCCUCCCGAACUGUCCGUCCUCAACAUCUACACCGACAUGUGCCCGCACGUGUCAAACCGCGGCCUCGGCCGCCAACUCACCGACAAAUGGUACGCCACCCACCAGUUCAUCGCCGAGAUGAUCUUCCACGCACGUGCGGAGUGGCACCCGUGCCGGGUCCCCGACCCCGCGCGCGCGAGGAUGUUCUACGUCCCGUUCUACGCGGGGCUGUACGGUUCGAGUAGGUUCAUGGAGAGGGAGUUCGGGGUCCGAGACGGGCUUGGAGUUGAGCUGGGGGAGUUUGUUUCCGGGGGGAAAUUUUGGAGGAGGAUGAACGGGAAGGAUCACUUUAUGGUCGUUGGGAGAACCGCGUGGGAUUUUAUGCGGGCUAAUGACGGCGUGGCUGAGGAUUUUGGUGCUAAUCGUUUGCUUCUGUUGCCUCCGGUAAAAAACAUGUCAAUUUUAACCGUGGAGCGACAGCCUUGGCACGGCCUCAACCAAUUCGGAAUUCCCUACCCUUCCUAUUUCCAUCCGUACACUUCCGCCGACGUGGCAGAAUGGCAAGACUCCAUUCGUCAAUCCAAGCGGACCCACCUCUACUCCUUCAUCGGCGGCCCACGUGUCAAUGUGGAGAAAGCUGCGGUACGAAAUGAUAUAUUACAUCAGUGUGCUCAAUCAAAUCGAUGCAUCAGGGUUCAAUGUGAACCGGGUUCAACUAACUGUCACGAGCCAGACCGGGUUUUAGAAGUCAUGAAGAGGUCCAAAUUUUGCAUGCAACCGCCGGGAGAUUCUUUCACUAGGCGAUCAGUAUUUGAUUCCGUGCUCGCGGGAUGCAUACCUGUGUUUUUCUCGGAACAUACGGCCUAUACGCAGUACAAAUGGUAUUUUCCUGUUCGGAGGGAGGAGUGGUCGGUUUUUAUUGAACCGGACCGGUGGGGUUCCAUUGAGGAGGAAUUGAACCGGAUUGAUGAGGAGAGAGUUGAGAAAAUGAGAGAAAAGGUUAUAGAGAUGAUUCCGUUGGUUACUUAUGCGCAUCCUAAUGCUAGUUUUGGUGAAUUAGGGUUUGAGGAUGCAGUGGAUGUAGCUCUUAUGGAGCUAACAAAGCACGUAAAUACUUUGGCUUCAAAUUAAGGCAUAGCUUAGCAUUGUGCUGAAUUGGGAAGGGAAAGAAUUGUUUUUUUGACAUUGAUCACAAUUAAUUUGUUAUUAGGGUUUAGUAAAUAAAUCAAUAAACUUA